AUCCCGUGACGCAAGCAGAGAGAAGAGCAAGGCGCAGCAUCCCCCAUCCUCCAUAGUAUUUCUCUCAAUCCGACGCGUACAAUAACGACCGACGAAACAAGGGAAACGAAAUCGAAUUUUGUGGCUUGUUAUCAGGCCGAAUAACACAAAACAGAAUGACUAAAGAAGACACUUCUGAGGUGGAAGAGGCCCAGCCCUCUGACUUCAGUCCCAUUCAUGAACCCCGCAAGAAACCCAUUGUGCAUCCAUCUGCACAGGCUCCGCUUCCCAAGGACUAUGCGUUUACCUUCUUUGAUCCAAAUGAUCCAGCCUGUACGGAGAUUCUGACAGACUCUCGGACCACAAUCCCCGAGCUUUUCGCCAUUAUCCGCCAGUGGGUCCCUCAAGUUCAGCACAAGAUCGACAUUAUAGGCAGUGAGAUUUUGAAGCGAGGUUGCCAUGUCAACGAUCGCGAUGGCCUGACAGACAUGACCCUUCUCCACUACUGCUGCAAAGCAGGUGCUCACGGAGUGGGUGAUCCUGAGGCAGCCCUCCGCCUGUCCAAUCAGCUGUUAGCUCUGGGUGCUGACGUGAGUCUCCGCAGCCGUUGGACCAACAUGAACGCGCUCCAUUAUGCAGCUUACUUUGACGUGCCAGAAUUGAUCCGUGUUUUACUCAAAGCCUCCAAACCCAAAGUGCUCAACUCCACGUGCAGUGACUUUCAUCAUGGAACAGCCUUGCAUAUCGCCGCCUCCAACCUCUGCCUGGGUGCUGUCAAGUGUCUACUGGAGCAUGGAGCCAAUCCAGUCGUCAGGAACGAUAAGGGUCAAGAACCCGCCGAGGUUGUUCCAGACCCCAUGGACAUGAGUCUGGAUAAGGCUGAGGCUGCCAUGGUGGCUAAAGAGCUGAAGCAGGUGUUGCUGGAUGCAGUGCCGCUCAGCUGCAACCUCCCACGUGCCACCCUGCCCAACUACGACAACAUCCCAGGCAACCUCAUGCUCUCCUCCCUCGGCCUCAAGCUCGGGGAUCGCGUGGUGCUGGACGACACCAAGACUGGCACGCUCCGUUUCUGUGGCACCACUGAGUUUGCCAGCGGGCAGUGGGUCGGCAUUGAGCUGGAUGAGCCAGAGGGCAAGAAUGACGGAAACGUGGGUGGGAUCCGCUAUUUCAUCUGCCCCCCAAAACAUGGCAUCUUUGGUCCCGUGUCAAAAAUCAGCAAAGCUGUUGAACAGAUUUCCUCUUCAGUCGCUUCCACUCCCAAAACUCCUCGCAUGGAUUUGUCCCGUGUGACCGGCAAGAUUAAAAAAGAGAAAAAAGAAAAGGAACGAGAAAAGACACAGAGAAAGAAGUCUCUCACUGCAAUGAGUCUGGAUCCUGAUGGAGUAAAGGUUGAGGUUGGGGAUCAGGUGUUGGUGGCGGGCCAAAAGCAAGGAAUUGUUCGUUUUUUUGGAAAGACAGACUUUGCUCCUGGGUAUUGGUUUGGUGUGGAGUUAGAACAGCCCACUGGAAAACAUGACGGCAGUGUAU